GCUCCAGAACAAUUAAUUUGUAAUCCCUGGACCAAGGAAUGUUGGGUCGGCUAGGCCAAUUCAUCACUGUAUAGUUGGGGACGAGGCCUUUCCCCUCUCAACGUCUUUAAUGAGGCCAUACUCAAGAAGAGCUGCGUGUGGUUAUGAACAAAAGGCAUUCAACUAUCGGCUGUCUCGAGCGAGACGGCUCAUAGAGAAUUCUUUCGGCAUCUUAGCCAGUCGUUGGAGAAUACUGAGACGACCAUUUAAGGCAAAGCCGGAAAAUGUGGAGAGUAUCAUAAAAGCCUGCGUCGUCCUCCACAACUUUGUGUUAAAGACAUCGCCUGCAUCCUCCAUGCUGUACAACCCACCAGGAUACACUGACUACGAAGACUCGAUGGGAAAUGUACGUGAAGGCGCAUGGCGAAGGGAUGGCAGCCAGCUGGUAUCGCUGCACGACCUCGGAGGAGUAGGCUGUCACUCAAAAAGGACAGCUGCAGAAGUGCGUGACAGACUUGCACUGUACUUUUCAACAGAGGGGAAAGUGCCGUGGCAAGAUAACCACAUAUAA